CUCAUGGGAGUAACUUCAGGGAUUGAAAACAAAAAUUAAAAAUAUUUUUAAAAAUGUGCUAGCCCCUCAAAAUAAUGUUUCCUAGCUGCGCCCCUGCAACCGGCAGCUGUUAUUGAUUAGAGGAGCGAUAAAAAUCCAGCCACCUCAAAUAUUGACACUAGGACAAGCUUGAGGGCUAUAAAGUUAUCUAACAUCAAUCAAUUGCCUAUAAUCAUCUGAAGGGCCUUCUAAUAUAUUGUGCAAAGACAUCGCUAGAGCCUGAAACCGUUCAUUUAAGCAUGGCCAAGUUGGACGAAAGAAUCGGCUUCAUCGGAGGCGGAAACAUGGCCUUCGCCAUAGGAUCCGGACUGGUGCGCUGUGGAAUCGUGAAGGCCAGCCAGGUGCUUGUCUCCGGUCCCCACAUCGAGAAUUUGCAGCGUUGGCGGGAUCUGGGAGCUGUGACCUGCGACGACAACUGCAAUGUCCUGGAGCACACGGACAUAGUAUUCAUUUGCGUAAAGCCGCACAUGCUAUCAACGUGCGCGGACCAGCUUAAGUACAAGCAUGUUCCGUCGGCCAAGGAUGCCAACAAGCUGGUGGUGUCGGUUUUGGCGGGAACCAGCCUCCAAACGCUGGAGGAGGCCUUCAGCUUCAUGGGCAGUUCGGAGCUGAAGGUGAUCCGCACCAUGCCCAACACAUCCAUGCAGGUGGGCGAGGGCUGCACUGUUUACACUGGCAACGCACGCGUUUCGCAUCACGACUUGGAAAAGAUUCACCUAAUGCUCAAUGCCCUGGGACUGGCACAACAGGUGCCAGAAUCCAUGAUCGACGCCGUCACCGGGGUAGCUGGAUGCGGUCCGGCCUUUGUUUACACUAUUAUAGAGGCACUGGCCGAUGGCGGAGUAAAACAGGGCGUCCCGCGUCAGAUGGCUCUUCAGUUUGCGGCUCAGACACUUCUGGGAGCGGCCAAAACCGUGUUACUCACUGGCAAGCAUCCAGCGGUGCUGCGGGAUGAGGUCUGCUCUCCCGGUGGUGCCACCAUAGUAGGCGUUCAUGAGCUGGAAAAGGGAAACCUGAGGUCUACUUUAAUAAACGCCGUGGAGAAGUCUUCACAGCGCUCCGCUGAACUGGGAAAGAAGUAAAACUGUAACUAAUGCGGAACCCCCCUUGCUCUCUACAUACAAAGUUAAACGCUUGAUAUUGGUAUUACAAUAAUGACUAACAUAAAGCUCUAGUUUA